AUGGAAGCUCAAAAAAGACUAAUUUUCUCUCUUCUUUAUCUGACCACUCUUCUUCCAUUCUCAAUUCUCGGUCUUCGAACUCUCCCUCCAGAUUCAAACCCUUGCAAUCUAAAAACCCUACCAGAUCCACACUCUUUACGAUCCGAUCAAUUAACGGUCCUCAUAAACGGGUAUUCGGACUCCAGAAUCUCUCUCUUAACCACAAUUGCCGGAUCCUACGCUGCUUCACCAUUAGUCGCAUCUGUCGUCGUUCUUUGGGGGAACCCAUUAACGCCGAUAGAAACCCUAAAUUCCCUCUCGUUAAAUUUGUCACUCCUCUACUCCUCAGGUGCACCUGUUAUUCUGUACCGUCAACAAUCCAAUAGUUUAAAUUCAAGGUUUCUCCCUCGCCGUUGGAUCAAGACACGUGGAGUUCUCAUAUGCGACGAUGAUGUUGAGGUAGACCGUAAAUCUAUAGAGUUUAGUUUCAGAAUUUGGCAGGUUAAUCAGGACCGUUUGAUUGGAUUAUUCGGAAGAUCGCACGGUUUAGAUUUAAAGCGGAAAGAGUGGAUCUACACCGUUCAUCAGGAUAAAUAUUCUAUUGUGUUGACCAAAUUUAUGAUUUUAAAUGUGGAGUAUUUGUAUUUAUAUAGUUGUGGUAGUGAUGGAUUGGAAAAAAAAUUUAUGGAAUUGAGGGGUAUUGUUGAUAAUAUGCAUAAUUGUGAGGAUAUUUUGAUGAAUUUUGUGAUUUCCGAUGUGGUCGGGCGAGGCCCGAUUCUUGUCGGGGCUGGCCGGGUUCGAGAUUGGGGCGAUGCAAGGAAUGAAGUAGGGAUUGGGAAGAGAGAAAAAGAAGUGAAUGUUGGAUUGAGUAGUAUAAAAAGAGGGCUUGGAGAGCAUAGAAAGAAAAGGGGGGAGUGUAUAAGAGAAUUUCAUAGGGUUUUGGGUAGAAUGCCAUUGAGGUAUAGUUAUGGGAAGGUAGUUAAAUCGGUUAGUGAACAAGGGUUAUGUGACAAAAAUGGAAAGUUAGUUCCUUGUGAUCAACAAAUUCUUGAAUAAAUUGAGUAUAAUAAAGUAUAGUUAGCAUCAAAGUAAAAGUAAAUUAAUGUAUUCACGUUAGCUUUUUAAGUUAGUUCGAGAAUUUUAAUAUUUUUUUUUAUACAGUAUUAUGAUAAGUGAAUUUAUAAGGACAAUUAAAAUAGUUAUGUAUUUUUGUGUUUGUAUUAUGAUUAAAAAGAAUGUUCUCAAGUGUUAAGAGGUGAAAUUCAAAGAAGAAAUUAUUGACAAAGAAA